CUAGCUUCGAUCAGAUAAGCCACCCGAUGACGCUCGCUCCCCGAAGAACGGGGCGGAUUUUCGUCCCCUCAACAACAACCUCCACCCCGAACACAUCGUAUAACUGUCCUCGCUCUCCCUCGCUCUCCAAUUGUCCUUGAGUGAUUGGCUUCGUUGAACUCGCAACUCAUACAUCGUUACAUGCAACGACCAUUAUCUGCGGGGAAAUGUCACACCCUCAUCUGAGGACCGCAUCCUCCAUCAUCACCCCCAUCAUCCACCGUCAAUGCCGCUGUAACCCGCGACCCCGAACAGCAUCAGCUGCGACAUUCACUCACAUCUACACAUCGCACCCGCGUGCACGCUUCUUCCUCCGGCCUCCAAGACAUGUACCAUCACCACAAACCUCCUCUUUCUCCACAACCACCCACCAUCACGCCUCCGCCCGCGAACCAACCUACUACGAGGUCCUCGACAUACCAAUAACCGCCUCCCAAGGCGAGAUUAAGAAACAAUUCUACACUCUCUCCAUGCGCCACCACCCGGACCGCAACCGCGACGACCCGACCGCCUCCUCGCGCUUCGCCCGCAUCUCAUCCGCCUACAACGUGCUCAGCCAGCCCAACAAGCGCGCCGCCUACGACCGCGACCACGGCAUCUACGCCCAGUACCAGAGCACGCGGUCCACCGCCACGGCGGGCCAACAUCCCAUGGGCAGCUACAGCAGCCACAGCAGCCACGGCGCCGGGGCCAACCUCCACACCAAGGGCGCCUCGUACGCCGGGUCCCGCCCCGCCAGUGGGUUGAGCAAUCGCCGCGGGCAGUUCCGAGGCCCACCGCCCAGUUUCUACGCGCAUGGGGGCUAUGGGCGCACGGGAAGGACGGCCCCGGGCCCCGGGGCCGGGUCUGGUGGUGGUGGUGGUGAUGCUGCGGGCCAGUCAUCCUCCACUGCCGCCAAUGAUGAGGAUCCCACUGCGUUUAUUCACAGGAAUACCGUUCAUCAUUUCAAUGCUAGGGGUCACUAUAAGACUCAAUCGGCGGAAGAUAUUCGGCGGAAAGAGCGGAGGCAGAAGGCGAUGGAAGCUGCCUUGAAGGAACAGUACAUUGGGAGCCCCUGGGGAGCCGCCAUGCGAUUCGCUGCGGUUUGUGGGAUCUUGGUCGGGGCGGCAACAGUGGCCGGCUGGUUUCAAUGGCCACGUGAGAAAGCAAGUAAACAGAAAGAUCAAUUGAGGUGAUAAGGUGUGUUUGUAUAGGGUGAUCACGUCUAUGGGUGCAUGAAUGUAUUGUCGUCAAAUGUCUCGGGUAGAAAGAUACACAUCACACAGGAGUUCGGUGGUUACCUUGGUUGGCAUUGGAUCCAGGCGACAGACUUGAUCGAUUGAUAUCAUGCAGCAUGUACAUAUAAUGAACAAAGGGAAAUGUAGACUUGAUAU